AUGUUCUGUCUUAGCGAGCUGGAAGAUACAGUAAGAGUGCCUCCGGAUCUCCUCAACCUCCUCCCACUCGAAGAUGCCAUUAAAACAGUGCUCCAAAAUCUGUUUCUAGACAAGGUUCUGUCCAUUGGCCUCUGCGUGUCUAUUUACGACAUAAAAUCAAUACAAGGAGGUUUUGUUUUACCCGGUGAUGGUGCUGCCACCUAUAAGGUGAGUUUUAGAAUUGUAGUGUUUCGUCCAUUCGUUGGUGAGGUCAUUGCUGCAAGGCUUGCGCUGUGA